UCAAAUUUCAAUUUUUUUUUUUUUUUGGUUUUUUCUUUUCGUUUUGUCGUUGACAAAGGGAAAACAAACAACAUGCAGAUUCUUCAUCAAGAAGCCAGGGAAGAUAAUUCCUUUGUUUCACAGAAUCUGCAUAAAACAAUCCAUUACAGUUUGAGCUGGUACUCAAAUUGGCUUCCCUGAGCAACACUUGAAAAGCAAAGGACAAGAAACUCGAGCUCAGAGGAAAAAGGAGUAGCAGUUCAUUUCCCAGUAAAAGAAAUGGGAACCUCUCGUGGAACAAAGAUGAUUCUCAUUAUGCUCGCCUUGAGCUUCAUAAGAGUUGCCAGCUCUGAAGCAGGACGAGUUUUAACAGGAUCGAACAUGACCUCAGCAGGGAGUACAGAUAUGAAUGAAACCAUUAGAGUAGACCCUUUAAAUAAAUUGAAGAAAUACAGAGGAGGAUAUAACGUAACAAAUGACCAUUACUGGAGUUCAACAGUAUUUACAGGCAUACCCGGGUAUGCCAUUGCACUAAUAUGGCUCCUAUGCGGUCUAGGAUAUGGAAUACUUCUUCUAGAAAGAACUGGUUGCUGCAAGAGGGGCAGAAAGCGCAAGAACAAACCAUCGUGUUAUGAGCAGUAUCAUCUACAGCCUCUUCUUUUGGCUAGUUUUUGUACGCUCCUAGCAGUAACGGCCUGUGGCCUGGCUUUUGGAGGUAAUUCAAAGUCCCAUUCCAGAGCAAAGACGGUGAUAGACAUUCUUCUUGAUACAGCAGAUGGCGCAUCUAGCACAAUAUUCAACAUAACUGGAGCUAUGAAGGAAAUAAGCCACAAUUUGCAACAAGUGGAUGAUAAGACCAAGAAACUAAUAAAUUCAACAACCAUAAAGCUCGAAACUCAGGCUUCUUCUAUAAAAACUCAUGCAACCGAGAACAGGCAAUUGAUACAAAACGGCCUGAAAACAUCGUAUGCAGUGACAACAGUGACGAUAGCACUAACACUACUUGUUGUAAUCUCUCUACUAGGAUUCGGAGUUUCAAAGUUUCAGAGGCCCUUUCAAGUAUUAAUACCAGUUUGUUGGAUGUUAACGGUCCUCUGUUGGUUGUUUUUUGGGAUCGGCUUCUUCCUACAAAACUUGACGGGAGACACAUGCAGAGCACUUGAAGGCUUCCAGAAGAAUCCCUAUAACAACAGCUUGAGUCCCAUUCUACCCUGUGAAGAAUUGCUUUCCGCAAAACCAAUGCUAAAUAAUGUUACUACAGAGAUACACAAUUUAGUGAACAAGGUUAAUGAAAAUAUAUCUAUAUCAUAUGGAGGAGUUAUUCAGAUUUGCAAUCCUUUCUCCCCACCACCUGCACAUGACUACCAGCCAUGGAACUGUCCAAACACAUCUGUCCGAAUAGGAGAUAUCCCUAAGGUUAUAGAACAGGUGGCCUGUCCUGAUACCCAGACCACCUGCAACGGAGGAAUUCUGGUUCCUGCAAAUUACUACAACACAAUAGGAGCAUACUGCACUUCAAUACAAAUAUUGCUCGAUGAAUUUCCUAGCAUAGAAGGCCUAGUCGAGUGUCGGCCAGUCAAGGAUGCCUUCUCCGAAAUUCUUCAGAAACAUUGCAAGCCACUACGGAGAUACAUACGAUUGCUAUGGUCAGCAUUGUUGUUUCUGUCACUGGUGCUAGUGAUCUUGGUUCUCAUUUGGACAAUCAAAGAACACCACGACCAAACUCAUCACUCCUCGGGUGGAUCCAUCAAACCUCACAAUUGUGGUAUCAUAGAAAGUGGAGCAACAAAUCAUACAUAUGAUGACUCAGAAGAUGGUCCAGAACAAUAAUUAGAAAACAUAGGAAAACUGUAGGAGAGACUAACAAUCCAAUGACUGUACACAUAGACAAACCCUUUGAGUGGCAAAUUAUAAAAGUUUCCCCUGCUGAUGGAAUAUAAUUAUUUGGAUCAUGUGAAUGAUAAUGCAUCAGAGACAGAAAUUUUUGCAGCAGCUAACUUACAUUCUGUAGCAUAGUUGAAUAUAGCAAUUUCAAUGAAAACAACCAAAUUAAUUUGUUGUCAAUGAUUGUGUUCAGAUACUUAGCAUUUGGCACAAUAACCAUAUUUUGCAGUAGUUGAAUAUCUUAUGUUGUCUUGUGUUGUUUUGAA